AUGGAGUUAGGAAUAGUUAUAGCGAAUUGCCUGCGAAAAGUCGUUAUAUACUGAUGUCGCACUUCUCUUAGCAACACGACCACCGUAGCGUAGUUGGAUGCACACGGUCUUACCAAUUGUUUAUUCUGUGGUCUUAUGGUGCUAGGGGCUCUGGGUUCGAGUCCCGGGUAAGGCAUGGGUGUACCAUAUAUAUUCUGAUAUUUGAUAACGAUUUGAAAUUGAGAUAUCCACUGAAUAUAAUGACCCUUUGGCCGUUGGCGAAAAGCUGUAGGCCACAUAAUUUAAAAAAAAAAAAAAAAAAUUUUGAAAUGAAAUGAAUAGAAUCGUUACAAGGUUUUUCAGUGAAAGCACGUAUUUCGAAUGACCUUCAUGUUACUGAUUAAAGAGAUGAAGUGAGUAAGUGAAAUGACAAUAGUUGAAAUGCUAGCUCGAAUAACUGGAAGCUGGGAUUUCUGAUUUUAUUUCUACGUUCUCAUUUGCGUUGAACAGAAUUGUGUGACAAUGUUGUUAAUAGUGUUAAUGUUUUUACAUUUUUUGGGUAGUUGCGAACCCCAAAAUUCUGCGUUUCUUCGAAAUGAAAGAAUGAAGCAUAAGUCACGCAGUUUCAGUGAUAAAGACAUACUCAAAUUAGCAUCGCUUAGUAAUGUUACUCAUUUUGACUUCGUGUUGAGUAAUAUUCUUGUUCCAAGAGUUGUUGGCACACCAGCUCAUGAGCGUGUUAAAGAUUUCAUCGUGGGGAACCUUGAGAGCCUGGGCUGGUCCGUGGAGCUGGACAGCUUCGUCGACAAGGUGCCCGUGUUCGGGUCGCUCCGGUUCACCAACGUCGUCGCCAAGUUGAACCCGAACGCCCGCCGCUUCGUCGUGCUGGCGUGCCAUUACGACUCCAAGUACUUCAAAGAUGCCACAUUCGUCGGGGCAACCGAUUCUGCGGUGCCUUGCGCCAUGCUGCUGAACCUUGCGUACGUUAUGAAGAACCAACUCGAUUCAGUUAAAAAUAAUGACAGUUUGAGCUUGGCUCUCGUCUUCUUUGAUGGAGAGGAGGCUUUCAAGCAUUGGAGUGCGACUGAUUCCAUCUACGGGGCCCGGCACUUGGCACAGACGUGGGAGGACACGCCCUAUCCCGCGGCGACGAGAGACGGCACCAACCACCUCCACAGAAUAGACUUGUUCAUGCUGCUGGACCUGCUCGGAGCACCGGACCCGAAGUUCUACAACUACUUCCCGGACACGGUCAACUGGUACAAGACGUUGAUCGAGAUCGAGGACAAGCUGUCGGAACACAGGCAGUUCCAGCGCUACUCGUACGGCCGGCCGGCCCAGCGCUACUUCCAGCGGAAGUCCAAGUUUGGGGGCAUAGAAGACGAUCACAUCCCUUUCCUCCAGCGGAAUGUUCCAGUCCUGCACGUCAUCACGUACCCGUUCCCGUCCGUGUGGCACACCCCGAAGGACGACCGCAGCAUUGUGGACGUAGCAACGUGCGAAAACCUCAACAAAAUAUUGCGUGUUUUUGUGGCAAGCUACCUCCACUCCAGGGUUUGAACAUCGGAACACAGCAAUUUUUUUUUUGUUCGGAGGGCAUUUAUGAAUGUUAACUGUGUGAAGUGUUUAUGGUGCUAUUUGUGUACGUAAAGCCGUCCAGUAUUUUUGUUGUACUAUUUUUAUUGUAUCAUGCAUGAUUUGUUUUUACAGUUGAAGAUGAUAUAUAGUAUAUAUUUUCAGCAAA